GCUGGCCGAAGCUCCUCCUCGAGGUGUGGCACGUGGACGCGUGGGGCCGCCGCGGCCUGGCGGGCUACGGCGUGUGCGCCGUGCCCAGCGCGCCCGGCUGCCACCGCGUCACCUGUGUCACCUGGCGCCCGCGGGGCACGCGGCGCCAGCGCCUGCUGGGGACAGGGGGGCCCGAGCUGCGCGUCCCCGAGGUGGCUGUCACCGCCGGGGACAGGUUCCGCCUGCGCACCGAGAGCGCCGGCAGCGUGCGGCUGCAGCUGGGCGUGGUGACACGGGGCCUGGGGACGUUCGGGGUGGCACUGUGGCACUGGUGACACGGGGCCUGGGGACAUUCGGGGUGGCACUGUGACACUGUGACACCCAUGGGGACAUUCGGGGUGGCACUGUGACACUGUGACACCCAUGGGGACAUUCGGGGUGGCACUGUGACACUGGGACAGUGUGACACGGGGCUUGGGGACAUUCGGGGUGG